AUGCUCGAUGGAAACGGUGAGUACCUGGACGAUAUUCACAGUGAGGCACUGAAGGACGCAAGCACCGUCGGUAUGACCAUUCUACCAUCAGGGGACAUCCUAACCCUGAAUUGGCGUACCAAGGAGAUCACCAAGUGCACACAUAACGGUGAAACGUUGCAGGUCAUGAGUUUCUCCGAAUUUAUGGAACCAAUCGAUAUAACCGUUGAUAGUCGAAGCAGAAUAUUAAUCGCUGACACUGGAUGCGCAAAGGUAGGCACCAAAAUCAAUUUAACAAUAAAUUAUAAAGCUGGCAAGCCACUGUUCAGUUUCGACGUUGGCGCACACUGCGACUCCGCACCCGUCACUUGCGUUUGCAUAGGUCUCAACGACGAGAUUCUCGUCGGUACAUGCUCUUCCCUACUGCUUUUUGAUCCCGGAGGUCGCUUUCUCCGGGAUAUUUCAGUGAGUGCCUCCUCGUCCACACUGCACCCGGCCUCAUUUCCCCCCUCCCAUCGAUCUCGUUUUCGGGUCACCGCUUGUGCUGUCUGUCAAAGCACUGGUGAUAUCAUAUCUGCGGUCAUCGACGCGAAAACCAAUCGUGCUCAUCUGGCCGUCUCUCAAUAUAAGGUGGGUGUGCUAUUACCGGGUGCCAUACGGUGCUGUGCCUCUUUAAAAUAA